GUUAGUCUGUACACCAAUUCGCUUAGUUGCAAGGCGGCUCCGUGCUAGCGUGCGGAUGAAUGCUGUAGCAUCGGGGCCUUUGGGCCUAGCGGCUAGAAGGUGGCAAUUCACAAGAAAAUUGGCCGAGGUAGAGUCAUGAGCUGCGAACAAUGGCGGGGGAGAAAUGGACAAUGGAAAGGAAGUAUAAAGGCAGAGGUGCAUGGCACCUACUUUGGAAAGUCGGCUCUGUACAAAGAGCAACACGAAAACACUAAACAACAUACGGUGAUGAAGUCAUUUGCCCUGCUUAGCUGCCUCUUGGCUGGAGCGCUUGCUGCUCCCUCCACCACGCACGUCGUGCACGAGAAGCGCGAUGCAAGCUCCAAGCGCUGGAUUAAGCGUGACGCUCUCCAUCCCGACUCCAAGGUGCCUGUGCGCAUUGCUUUGAAGCAGCGCAACCUGGACAAGGGCAUGGAAUAUCUGCUGGAUGUAUCCGAUCCCGCCUCCGACAACUACGGCAAGUAUUACACCCAAGACCAAGUUGCCAAGCUCUUUGCUGCAGACGGCGACAAUGCUGCCGUCGUCAAGCGGUGGCUUGUCGAUAAAGGCAUUGACGCGAGAAAGAUCAACAUUCCCCGCAGCAAUGCCUGGGUCGAGUUCCCCAGCACCGUGGGCGAGCUCGAGUCACUGCUUGCAACUCGAUUCCACACGUACGACCAUGUCGAGGCUCGCAAUGCUCAUAUCGGCACGGAUGAGUACCAUUUACCCCGUGCCAUCUCGGAGAUUGUUGAGUUCGUUACCCCCGGUGUUGUGUUUGCGCCAACCAGGGAGCCCUCGCAGGCCAUGAAGCGCCGCGCCUUGCCCAAGCAGUCCAUGAUGCAGCCGUUGGAGCCACUGACCAAGGCCCUGCUUGACCUCCUCAAGUCCAACCCUCUGUCUGAUGCCCUCUGUGGAGUCCUCGUUACGCCGCACUGCAUCAAGUCCAUGUACGGCAUCCCCGACGGCACCUCUGCCAAUCCCAACAACCGCCUGGGCAUCUUUGAAUACUACGGAGAUGUCUACUCUCAAGGUGACUUGAACGAGUUUUACCUCCUCUUUGAACAGAGCAUCCCUCUUGGCACUGGUCCCAAGAUUGACCUGAUCGAUGGCGCCAAGGCUCCCAACUCACAGCUGACUGCUGGUGGCGAGUCCGACUUGGACUUUGAGCUCGCCAUUCCUCUCAUCUACCCCCAACAAACAGAGUUGUAUGAGACAUACGUCAACAAGGAUGACAUCUUCAACACGUUUCUUGACGCUGUCGAUGGCUCGUACUGCAACUCCACUGCUUAUGGCGAGACUGGCGAUGAUCCCGUCGUCGAUGGAGCAACACCCAACGAGAUGUGUGGCACUUUCAAGGCUGCCAAUGUCAUUUCCUUUUCUUACGGCACGGCUGAAGUCGACUACCCUACCUACUACCUCAAGCGCCAAUGUGACGAGUUCAUGAAACUUGGUCUUCAAGGCACCUCUAUUGUCUUUGCCAGCGGUGAUGAUGGUGUUGCCCGUCGCGCCGGUCCCUGCCUCGGCUCCAAGAAGAACAUCUUUACUCCAGGCGAGCAGGCCUCAUGCCCCUACGUCACCUCUGUUGGUUCCACGACUUUGCCUGCAGGUUCCAAGCCUGGUGAUGCCGAAGUGGCUACUAGCCGCUUCUCCUCUGGUGGCGGCUUCAGCAACAUCUGGACCUCGCCUGACUACCAAAAGGACGCAGUUUCUGCUUACUUUGCCCAGCACGACCCCGGCUACCCCUCAUACAACACCUCGGACGGCAAUAUCCCCGAUGAGGGCGGUAUCUACAACCGCAUCGGCCGUGGAUACCCCGACAUUGCUGCUGUUGGUGACAAUAUUGCUGUUGUAGUCAUGGCCCUGCCAAACAUUUCGGGCGGCACGUCGGCCUCGUCGCCCAUUGUCGCGUCCAUCUUUACGCGCAUCAACGAGGAGAGACUCAAGGCCGGCAAACCAACCAUUGGCUUUGCCAACCCUGCUCUUUACAAGAACCCGGCCAUGUUCCGCGAUGUUACGUCUGGAAACCAGGACAAGGGCGGACCUAACGGUGAUGGUGGCAAGAGUGCUUGCGGCAACAAUGGCUUUUCUGCGGUCAAGGGCUGGGACCCUGUGACUGGUCUGGGUACUCCUGACUACCCUGCCAUGCUGUCCUACUUUAUGAGCAUUUAAGGACCUUUAGUAUUUUUUUUCUCAUUGUGAAUAAGUUAGUGGAAUAUUUUAUACAAAUUGUACAAGUCGUCUUGCGUGAAGCGUUUGUUUACGCCCUACCCGGUACAAAGUUGUGUGUUUCUGCAAUGGCCAGCUACGCUUGGAAAAUAAUCAAACUUACUGAAAAUAGCCAUGGUAAACAUUAAUGAGAUUCUUGACAAGGUAA